AUGUCUGUAUACAACGGGAUACUGCUAAAUUUAAUCGUGGGAUUCCUAACCAUUCAGCCCAACCCCGUUACAUUCAACGGCAAAAAUACCACUUCAAAACCAAGUAAGUUUGAAAUAUUAUUACCAGGGCUAGCAGAUGAGAUGGUUUUAUCUUUUACCGGGUUUGUUUGCGUGUUUAUUUGUUUGUCAGCUGCAGAAUAACUGACAAAUAAUAUUAAUCAUAUACAGCUUUAUAUGAAAGCACAUUUAUUAAUUUGUAUGGUAUAUAAAUAGUACAUAUAUCUAAGUAUAACAACUUUUAAUAAUACAUUUCAUUUGUUUCAGUAAGAUUUUAAAAACAAUGAAGACGAGUAGUCAUGCUUUAUAGUGUUAUGUUAUGGAAAGCAUCGUCAUUAAGGGGCCAUAACGGUUAAAUCAAAUCUACAUUUAUUCUAUUUCCCACUAUAGAUAUAGCUGAAAGUGGUUUAAGCAAAGGAAUCAUAGCGGUGAUCCUUAGUCUUGGACUGACAACGUUUUUCGUGGUUGUUAUUGCUUACCUCAUGGUGCGAGGAUACAAACAUCAAAGAAAUGCAGACCUUCCCCCAACAGAAAUUCCAGCGACGGUACGUUUCAAAUCCAAUACGUCGUACAUUUUGGCCAUUUUCAAAUUAACGGAGGAACAAUGCUCCUAGCUAUUCAUAAAAUGGGCAAGUCAAGCAACAUGAUUUCCUAAAAAUGUUUUUCUUCUGGAAAAAUGUUUGCUUGCUAUUAUAGAACUUGCUUUUAUUCCUUAUAUUUCGUAUUUUUCUCUCUAUGUUAAUUUGAUUACGCAUGCAUAGUUUGCGUUUAGUUAAUUUCAUAGUUUGGAUGCCAAAAACAAUUAAGAGAUUGACAUUGAUAAUCUUUGCUAUGUUAGUUGCUAUAUAUAGUGGUAUAAAUGGUAGAUAUUAGUUUUGGUACAGAUUCCUAAUGCAUUUUAAUUUGUUUUGACAGGAGGAAACGCCAUCAGACCACACAGCUGCACAAAGCAACCUGGGCUUAAGUAAAUUAUGAAACAAUACAUUAAUAACAUAAAAAAAGAUGACUUUACUAAGAUAUAUACAAAAACACACCCUAUAUAUAAUAUAUAUACAUGCAGUCCAGACCAUACACUGAUAUUAUAAAAAUAGCAUCCCUUGAGGACAAAACAUUUAUAUCUUUAAAAAAAUAUCGCUUGAUGUUGAACAUUAGCAACAAGAUAAAUGGAAAUUGUGUGUAUAGUUUCAAAAUUUUGCGGGUAAUUUGUGGACUAGAAUUGCUACUAUACUGUAAGUAGUGACAAUUGUACUGUACUGUGUCAUUGAAUGUAAGCAGGAUUCUGCCCAUGGUGGACAGCACUGGGCAGCAGAGCCCAGAACUCGUCUCUUUUGCCUGGAACUACAAAAGUAUCAAAUAUAUGAUAAGAAAACAUUCACACUGCUUAUUUUUUGUGUAAACAAUACUAUUGAUUAGUUGAUGUAAUUUUAACAACAGACUGCACGUGAUAUUAGUAACUUGGUACAAUACCAAAGCCAGAAUGAAUUCAGCAAAUA